AUGUCUCGUCGCGGUGGGGGUAACCAUCCCGACAAACGCCGGAGUCAACCAUCUCCGGCACAUUCUCAACCAUCUUCUGUCAAUGCUGCAGGAUCAGGCCGUGGUGGUGGACGCGGUUCUCGCGGCGGACGCACUGCUGGUUCUUCUUCCUCUGCACAAGCACCUCCUCCUCCGUAUGCUUCAUCGCCGGUUACCGCUCCUCCAUUUGUUGCAGCACCGGUUACCGCUCCUCCAUUUGUUGCAGCACCGGUUACCGCUCCUUCAUUUGUUGCAGCACCGGUUACCGCUCAUCCAUCUGCUGCAGCGCCGGUUGCUUCUUCAUCUGUUGCUGCGCCGGUUGCUUCCUCGAGUUCGGCUCCAAAUCUCCCUUCGCCGGCGACGGUUUCCACUGAGACGCUGACUGCUGAACUUAAACAGAAGGCUACUCUGCAAUCGGCUCCGUCGUCUCAGAAGGCGAUCAGGUUCCCUAACCGACCUGAUUACGGUCGAUUGGGAAAGAAGAUUCAAGUUCGUGCUAAUCAUUUUCAGUUGCAAGUGGCUGAUAAGGAUCUACACCACUAUGAUGUAUCUAUUUCGCCGGAGAUUACUUCAAAAAAAGUGUGCAGAGAUAUUAUCAAACAGUUAGUUAAACUGUAUCUGGAAUCCCAGUUGGACAACCGCAUACCUGCUUACGAUGGGAGAAAUAGCUUAUUUACUGCUGGACCGUUACCUUUUACUUCCAAGGUUUUUGUGGUUAACCUGACUGACGAAAAUAGAGGUUCCUCUUCUGAUACUGAUAGGAAAAAGCGUGAGCGGGAGUUUAAGGUUACUAUUAAGUUCGCUUCCAAGACGGAUCUCUACAAUCUUACUCAGUUUCUCCGUCGUAUGCAGCUGGACUGUCCUUACGAAACCAUUCAAGCUCUUGACAUUGCUUUGAGGGCAACUCCAUCUGAAAAGUAUAUUGUUGCUGGGAGGUCUUUUUUCUCUCCGAGUUUGGGGCAACAGGGUCCUCUUGGUGGUGGGAUUGAAUAUUACAGGGGCUUUUAUCAAAGCAUUAGGCCAACCCAAAUGGGGCUUUCUCUUAACAUAGAUGUAUCUUCAAGAGCUUUUUAUGAACCAAUACUUGUCACAGAUUUUGUUUCCAAACAUUUUAAUUUUAAUUUUUCAAGGCCACUGUCUGAUCAAGAUCGUGUCAAGAUCAAGAAAGCUUUGAGAGGUGUGAAGGUGAAACUAUCUCAUAGUGGAAAAAUAAGGAGUUGUAAAGUGACCGGUUUCUCAAGAGAGCCACUCAGAGACCUAACGUGA